AUGCUCCUCAUCGGCCUAACCGGCUCCAUCGCCACCGGCAAAUCCACCGUAUCCGCCCUCCUCUCCGCCCCGCCCUACAACCUCCCCAUAAUCGACGCCGACCUCCUCGCUCGCAAGGUCGUCGAGCCCGGCACCCCCGGCUACCGCGCCAUAGUCGAUUACUUCGGCCCCACAACCCCCGACCUCCUCCUCCCAGACGACCCCGACGACCCAGAUGACAAACACAAGCCAAAAGCAACAACCCAAGCCCACGGCCGCCCCUUGAACCGCCCCGUGCUCGGCCGGCGAGUCUUCGGCGACACCGCGGAGCGCAAGCGCGACCGCGCCGUGCUCAACCGCAUCGUCCACCCGGCCGUUCGCUGGGAGAUCUACCGCGCGCUGCUCCGCCACUACCUCCGCGGCCACUGGGCCGUGGUGCUGGACGUGCCGCUGCUCUUCGAGAGCGGGUUGGAUGCGCUGUGCGGCACCGUCGUCGUGGUGGGCGUGUCCGACGCCGCGGUGCAGGUGGCGCGGCUGCGAGCGCGAGACGCGCAUCUGAGCGCGGAGGAUGCGGAGGCCCGCGUGAAGAGCCAGGGCGACGUGCGGGGGAAGGUGGCGCGGGCGGAGGCGCGGGGGGGCCUGGUGGUGUGGAAUGAUGGGGACCGCGCGGCGUUGGAGGCGGCGGUGCGCGAGGCUAUGCGCACGGUUGCGGCGACGAGUCCGCAGUGGUGGGCGUGGGUGCUGCUGCUGGUGCCGCCGCUGGGGGUGGCGGUUGCGGCGUGGAAUUUGGCGGUGAAUUAUCGCGGGAGGCGGAGGUGGGAGGAGGCGGAACGCGUGCGGCGGGCGAAGCUGUGA